UGCUCGGCGUCCCUUUGUUGUGUCUUGUGUUCAUGUGUUGUCCAUUGAAAGGGGCCCAAAGGUUGUAUUCAAGAUGGACUCUGUUGCUGCCUUUCUUCCUGGGCCUCUCUCAAAGCUCCUCUUGACUCGUUUCUCUCAAGACAAGAAGGAGACAAUGAUUAAACUGGUGGUCCUCUCACUCGCAGCCAUUUUAUCUUUCUCCACUCGACUGUUUGCUGUCUUACGUUUUGAGAGUGUCAUUCACGAAUUUGAUCCGUACUUUAAUUAUCGUACGACAAGGUUCCUCACUGAAGAAGGUUUUUAUCAGUUUCAUAACUGGUUUGAUGACAGGGCCUGGUACCCUCUGGGUAGGAUCAUUGGAGGCACCAUUUACCCAGGGUUAAUGGUAACUUCUGCCGGUAUAUAUCACAUCCUUCAUGCUCUUAACAUUACCAUUGAGAUUAGGAACGUCUGUGUGUUCCUGGCCCCAUUGUUUUCGUCCCUCACUGUUGUAGCCACUUACCACCUAACCAAAGAACUCAAGGACGCUGGGGCCGGCCUCUGUGCAGCUGUCAUGAUAGCCAUUGUGCCAGGAUAUAUCUCUCGAUCUGUUGCUGGUUCCUAUGACAACGAAGGGAUUGCUAUAUUCUGUAUGAUAUUCACUUACCUCCUCUGGAUCAAGUCAGUUAAAACUGGUUCAAUGUUCUGGUCCACUCUCUGUUCACUAGCCUACUUUUAUAUGGUCUCGUCCUGGGGAGGGUAUGUAUUCCUCAUCAAUUUGAUUCCUCUUCACGUCCUGGCUCUGAUGAUCACCGGAAGGUUCUCUCACAGAGUAUAUGUAUCAUAUACCACGGUGUAUUGUCUAGGUACAAUGUUGUCAAUGCAGAUAUCUUUUGUUGGAUUUCAACCAGUUCAAUCCAGCGAACACAUGGCUGCAUUUGGUACAUUUGGUUUGUGUCAGAUUCAUGCUUUUGUUAAUUAUUUGAGAAGUAAAUUAUCAGACAGACAGUUCAGCCUUCUCUUCAGAACACUGGCCAUUAUCGUGAUAUCCCUCACCACUCUUGUUGGAGGUGCUCUCACUGCUCUAGGGAAAAUUUCCCCCUGGACUGGUAGAUUUUAUUCAUUACUGGACCCCUCAUAUGCUAAGAACAAUAUCCCAAUCAUAGCCUCAGUUUCCGAGCACCAGCCUACCACCUGGUCCUCGUUCUAUUUUGAUCUUCAGAUGCUGGUCUUCAUGUUCCCAGUUGGACUCUAUUUCUGUUUCUCUAAGUUGACAGAUGCCAAUGUCUUCAUUAUAUUGUAUGGAGUCACUAGUAUUUAUUUCGCUGGAGUAAUGGUUCGUCUGAUGCUGGUACUUGCUCCGGUGAUGUGUAUAUUAUCAGGUAUUGCUGUAUCUGGAAUACUCUCGGUCUAUAUGAAGAAUGUUGAGGUUCUUGAUAACAAAGUCAAGAAGACUAAGAAGCAACAAGACUCCACCUACCCCAUCAAGAGCGAGAUAGCAAGUCUUGUUGUUCUACUAGUCACUGGAUUCCUAAUAACCUACACCUUUCACUGCACUUGGGUUACGUCGGAGGCUUAUUCCUCUCCCUCAAUAGUCCUUGCUGCCAGUCAGAAUGACGGCUCCAGAAUCAUCUUUGAUGACUUUAGGGAAGCUUACUACUGGCUACGUCAAAACACACCUGAAGAUGCUAAAGUGAUGUCCUGGUGGGAUUAUGGGUAUCAGAUCACGGCAAUGGCCAACAGGACGAUACUAGUUGAUAACAACACUUGGAACAACACACACAUAUCUAGAGUGGGACAGGCAAUGUCAUCCCCUGAGGAGCACUCCUAUAGCAUCAUGAGGGAACUGGACGUGGGAUAUGUAUUGGUCAUAUUUUACCAGCCAUUACUCCUCGUUCCUUUAUUCUCUUUUAGUAAGAUAUUUGUCGGUGGUAUCAGCAGUGAGACCACACCAGAGAUGCUUAAAGAACACUUUGCUGUCCACGGGGAGAUAGCAGACACAACAGUCAUGUACGAUAACUCAACUGGAAGGUCCAGAGGCUUCGGUUUUGUUACUUUUAAAGAUGCUGCUUGUGUUGAAGGGGCAGUGUGUGGGGACCACAUUGUUGAUGGGAAGAAGAUUGAUCCUAAGCCAGCCUUUCAAAAGGGUUCUGAAGACCAAGUUCAAGCACAGGCACAUUUGCAUAAGGUUUUUAUUGGGGGCGUGGCUCAGAACACAACAGACGAAAUGAUUGAACAACAUUUCAGGCAAUAUGGCCCAGUUAAAUUGGUUGAUUUGAAAAAGGACAAGCUGAAAGGCGGUAGGAGCAGAGGGUUCGGGUUUGUCUGUUUUGAAAAUCCAGAGAGUGCGCUGAGGGCCCAGCAACAGAGUCAUCAGGAGAUCAAUGGAAAAAUGGUUGAAGUGAAGAAGGCUGAGGUUAGGGAUUAUAAAAAGUAUGAUCAAAAUAGACAGCAGCAGCUACGCCAACAAGGGCACCAUGAUGUGUACGGCGGCCAGCCUGGUUAUGGUGCUGACUACAGCAGGAAUCCUCCUGAUUUCCAUCAACCCUAUAAUCCUCCUUAUGGCGGCACCCAAUCACAAUAUGCCGGAUAUUAUGGAUAUGGUAAUAAUAGUGCUGGCAGUUACGGCCAGGGUUCUUACUCAGCUUAUCAAAGUGGGCCCCAGGAUUAUCCUUAUGGCGGACGGGGGAAUUCUUAUGGAGGCAAUCAGGACUACAGUUACAUGAGAGGGUUUACCGGAGGCACACAGCAAGUUCCAGGGUAUCAUCAUCAUCCCCCGGGACCCCUCCCACCUCCCCCACCCCCUCAAGAUGGGGGGGCACCCACCGGAUUCACUCAACCACGCAGUACUUACACUUCAACAGCUGACACCUUCUCAGGUCAUCCUCCCAAUACAUACGGAGGUUACAGCACUCCUUCAGACUAUAGCCAGUACAGUUACACUGAUCAGUCGGUUCCAGCUGCUACUCCUGCUAAUUAUGGGCGGGGCACUGCCCGGCCAACUGGCCCUUAUAAUUAUGGAGGACGAUGAACAUGAUUGCCAAUGACCUUCUUUUGUCUAUUAAUUAAUUAAAUAAUUAUUUUUUGUAAAAGAUCAUCUGUUUCAUAGAAAGAAUGUGAUUUUCGAUGUA